AUGCUACUAUUGGGCGAGCGUUUGUCGCAUCUGUGCGGCGGUAAAGUAUCCGCUCUUAUUCAAGGAGUAGUGCAGGAAUUGGGAAGCAUUAAUGUCGCUAUCAUAGGCGUGGGAAACUGCGCCUCGUCUCUGGUGCAGGGCGUAUCCAAGUACGCCGAGGCUAGCAAUAAUGAGGAUAUUCCGGGGCUGAUGCACCCGGUGCUCGGUGAGUAUGGGGUGGGCGACAUUAACAUUGUCGCCGCGUUCGAUGUUGAUUCGAGCAAGGUCGGGCUGGACCUUUCAGAGGCGAUCUUCGCCAAGCCGAAUAAUACGGUGAAGUUCCAGGAUGUGGAGCAUGCGGGCAUAACUGUGCAGCGCGGAAUGACUCAUGACGGCGUGGGCAAGUAUAUGUCCGACAUAAUUCAAAAGGCAGACGGGCCGACUGACGACAUAACCGGCAUCCUCAAGGAGCGCGAGGUCGAUGUGGUCAUCAACUACCUGCCCGUCGGCUCUGAGCAGGCGACGAAGUGGUAUGUGGAGCAGGUGCUUGCCGCGGGAUGCGGCUUCAUCAACUGCAUACCAGUAUUCAUUGCAAGCGGCGAGGGCGAUUACUGGCAGCGUCGUUUUCGCGAGGCGGGAUUGCCUAUUAUCGGCGACGACAUCAAGUCACAGGUGGGCGCGACGAUUAUCCACCGCGUGCUUGCGCGUCUGUUUAUGGACAGGGGAGUGCGGCUGGACAACACUUACCAGCUCAACUUCGGCGGCAACUCGGACUUCUUCAACAUGCUGGAGCGCGAGCGGCUGUACAGCAAGAAAAUCUCAAAGACGAACGCGGUUACAUCGCAGGUUGACUAUGACCUGCCGGACGACAAUGUGCAUGUGGGUCCCAGCGAUUAUGUGCCGUGGCUGAGCGACCGCAAGUGGGCGUACAUACGGUUGGAGGGCACGAGCUUCGGGGACGUGCCGCUUAAUGUGGAACUGAAGCUGGAAGUUCAUGACAGCCCUAACUCUGCCGGCGUGGUGAUUGACGCGAUACGCUGCGCGAAGAUCGCCAAGGACAGGGGGAUAGGUGGGCCGGUGCUUGCGCCUUCGUCAUACUUCAUGAAGUCGCCGCCGGUGCAGUACACGGACGAUGAGGCGCGGCAGAUGUUGGAAGACUUCAUCGUUGGCAAGGAUUUUUCGAUCCAGGAGUAA